AUGUGUAUAGUAUUUUUCCUACAGGGUGUUUCAGGAAGUUUGGCUAAUAUGGGAGGCACGAAUAUUCUUAUCACAAUGUGGAAAACUCGUGUUGCAACACCAUUAAACAUAGUUCAUUUAGGUUAUGGAUUUGGUGCUAUAUUUGCUAAUCUUCUUGUUCGUCCAUUUCUAAAUAAUGAACAAGAAAAUUCUCAAUUAUUCAAUAAAACUAUUCGAAUUCCUUAUAUAAUUACUGGAAUAUUAUGUUUUGUAAUUAGUAUUGGACAUUUCAUAUGUUUUAUACAAAAAUCUCUUCAAGAUGAAAUUCAAAAGGAUGUUCAGAUUGAUGAUACAAUUGUUGAGAAAA